AUGGUGUCGGUUGAGGUGACGCGCGGUGGGUCGACGUACACCGUGUACUUUCUCCAGCCCAAGGUCGCCAAGCUUUUCAAUGACGAGCUCCGUACCCGGCUCUUGGACGCCAUGGACAUUGGCACGGAGCAAGCGCUCAACGUGCUUGUCUCGGAGGCUGCCACGGACGUGGUCGACGAGCUCAACGUGAUGAAGUACCUUAGCAAGAACCAGUUUUACUCGACCAUGAGCAAGUGGGCGCCGUGGCUCCGCGCCAAUAUGCUACGCGUGUGCUUUUACAUCAACUUUGUGAUGCUUUUGAGCGUCGACCUCAACGACAUGCCGGCCGUCGGCCUUCCCACGAGCGUUGUGCCCAAGGACGAUGCCAAGCUCGCGCCGUACUUUAUCUCGAUGCUUGGCUUUGUGCUGCUGCUUAUGGCGACCACGCUGUGGCUCUACUACGCCUUCUCGGCCUUUUGCUUCAACUACGCCAAGCAGCAAGUGUCGUCGUUGACCAAGCUCACGCUUUUGCCGGGCGCGACGAUCCGCCAAACGAUGCUCGACGCGUUCGCCCGUCCGCUCUUUUACUUUGAGCUCUUCCUCGCACUCUUCCUCGUCGUCUUCUACCUCAAGAUGGACACGGGCGUCAUCCAGAGCUGCAUUUUGGCGGCGCUCAUGUGGCUCGUCUACAGCCUCCUUGCCGCGCUCCGUGUCGUGUCGGGCCAAAUUCGGUUUGUUGUCAACGCAGACGCAAGCGACGUCACGUCGACAGUCACGAGCAUGCUCACGUUCAUCUACAACGUGCUCUUUGACACGGCGUUUACAGACACGGUGCUGCUCAUGGGCACUUACGCGCUUUGCUUCCUCCUCGGCGUCGGUCUCUCGAUGCCGUGGAUGGCCUCGCUCGUCUCGACCGGUCCGUGGGGCCUCGUCUUCUUUGGCUUCCCGCUCGUCGACAUUCUCGCGACCAAUGAAAAGCUGCGCUUCAUCGCGCAAGCGAUGCGCAGCAACUUUGGCAAGCUCGGGGUCACGGCCAUUUUUGGCGCGAUCAUGACGAGCGACGACGACGGGUCGCUCUGCUCGACCUUGCUCGAGUGCUACGCGUCGUACAUUCGCUACGGGUUGCUGGCGGGCGGCGGCAUUGGCGACUACAUGUCGUCGUCGCUCGGCCACAACCUCGAUUACGCCCAGCCCAAGCUCUACUUUCAGCGCAUGGUCUACGACAUGGCCUUCUACGUCAUUGUCAUCACGCUCUUCCUCAACAUGAUCCAAGGUAUCAUCAUCGACGCCUUCACGUCCGUGCGCGAAGCGUCCGAGCAAAAGGCCGCCAUGAAGCGCGACCGCUGCCUCGUGUGCAACCGGUCGCGCAACGCGAUCGAAGUCGCGGGCAUGGAGAAGGGCCUCCUCAACAACUUUGGCCGCCACACAGAGACCGAGCACAACCUUUACCACUACUUUUUCUACAUCCAGUACGUUCUCGGCAAGGACGACAAGGAGCGCAACGGCAUCGAAUCGUACGUCUACGAAAAGCUCAAGACAAGCGACAUGUCGUGGAUCCCGCGCGUCUAA